AUGUCGCAAGAAAUCGAUCUCGCUUUUGAAUCUUUCACUGAAGGCACCACUCACUUGCAAAACAGUCAAUAUUCACAAGCCAUUGAUUGUUAUUCGAAAACUUUGAAACAUUUGAAUGAAGAAUUAUCAUCAUCCUCGUCGUACGAAUUGAAUAUUCGAACCAAGACUCACUUUUACAAGGGAUUGGCUCAUUUCCAUCUUUUACAAUACACACAAGCCAUUCAAGAAUUUUCAACCGUCGACUCGAUCAUCCACCAUUAUGAAUCAUCCUCUUCAUCAUCAAUUACAACCAGAUCCGAAGAAGAAGAAGAACAAGAUCACGAAGAUCCAGCCACUGUCUUGUCUUCACUCUCACCCACACACAUCAAAUCUCUCGAAUACUGGGCUCGUAGUUUACACAAAAACAGUAACAACAACCAUUCACAACAAGAAGAAGAAGAAGCUUUACAAUUAUAUUCUCGUGCCAUUGACAUGCUCUUGAAACAACAACAAAAAUCCUCACAACCAUUACCUUCCAUUCAUUCCUUAUACAUGUCCCGUGGUACUCUCCAUAGUGAUCUCAAACAUUACAGAGAGGCCAUUCAAGAUUUUUCUCAAUGUCUUGUCGUGUUAAGCGAACUCGGUGAAGAACAGAAAUUUCCAAAUAUGCAAGUUCACUUGUUCUCGGCUCAUCAUAAUCGAGCCAUUGCAUAUGAAGCUUUAAAAAAUUUUGAAAAAGCGUUGGAAGACUAUUCGAGUGCCAUUGAAUGGUUGGAACGAGCUCCGAAUGUAGAGGAAUUACUCGGGCAGAAUCCGAGUGAGGCCUUAAAUACGUACUUGUAUCGUGCCAUGUUGGUGUUCAAUGCUGGAGGAAAGAAUGAACAAGUCCUUAAUGAUUUACAAGUGGUAUUGAAAUAUAAUCCUCAUCAUUUGGUGGCCAAUCAAAUUGUGGCUCAAUGGUCGUAUCAAGCCAAGGACUAUGAGAAGGCACGUGAAAGUUAUUUCCGAUUAAUUUCCAUUUGUAAAAAGCAAUCAUCGGCUCAUGAUGAAUUGUAUUCGUAUUAUUUUAAUCAUGGAAUGUGUUGUAAAUUCUUGGGAGAUGAAUUGAGAGCUCUUGAAGACUUUGAACAAACCAUUCAAUUGAAUGAUGAGUACUUUAAAGGUUUUGUUGAAUUGGCUCGUUUGAGAAAAAUUUUGAAACGUGAUGAUGAUGCCAACGACAUGAUUCAAUUGUAUGAUCGAGCCAUUUCCUUACUUGAGAAGAAUAAGGUCAAGGAAGAAGAUUUGCCAAAUAACAAGUCCAAAGCGGCUCUCUAUUUUGAGAGAGGUGUAUUGAAGAGCAAAGUUGAGGAAUACGAAUCAUCAGUAGAAGAUUUUACCAAAUGCUUGGAAAUUGAGGAUGAGCAUGUAGAUGCCUUGUUUAAUAGAGCCAAUAUUUAUCGAACACAUUUGAAAGACUUUUCCAAAGCUCUCAAAGAUGCUGAGACUGUUUGUAAAUUGGAUUCUAACGAUCUGGAGGCCAUGAUGGAAGUUGGGUUGUGUUUGUUUGAACUCGACAAGAUUGAUCAAGCAAAGAAGCAAUUUGAAAAGAUUUUACAAAAAGACCCGCAUCAUGAAGGUGCCAAGAAUUAUUUGGAUUAUCUCAACAAUGCUGAUGACGAAAAUGAAUAA